GAGGUGCUUGCGGCGGAUCCCGGAUGUGGAUUGGGAGGAGGCGGGAAAAGGGAAAUGCGAGAAAGAGCGGCCCCUCCGCUCAGCUUCCCGCGUCCCCGGCGGAACCUCCCGCCUCAGGACAUCAGUCACCGGGCGGAGGGGAACAACCAGGAGACGGACAUCGGGGGGAGCUCUCUAUGUGACGCUGUGUGGAGGGCAGGGGUGUGAAUGCAGUGACCCACCCCCUCAGGGUGGGAGACGCUGGGCACUGAGCCCAGACACUGCCUGCUGUCCAGGAUGCUGACCAGCGCCCGGCCUGGAAGUCUCAAAGACCCCGAGGUGGCUGAACUCUUCUACAAAGAUGACCCGGAGAAACUGUUUGUCGAUCUGCGGGAAAUCGGACAUGGCAGUUUCGGAGCCGUUUACUUUGCGAGGGAUAUGCGAAGCAGUGAGGUGGUCGCUAUUAAAAAGAUGUCAUACAGCGGGAAGCAGUCCAACGAGAAAUGGCAGGAUAUAAUUAAGGAGGUGAAAUUCUUACAGAAUCUGCGCCACCCGAACACCAUCGAGUAUAAAGGCUGUUACCUCCGUGAACACACCGCCUGGCUGGUGAUGGAGUAUUGUCUGGGAUCAGCGUCAGACCUGCUGGAGGUUCACCGGAAGCCACUGCAGGAAGUGGAGAUCGCUGUCAUCACUCACGGAGCCUUGCAGGGAUUGGCUUAUCUCCACUCUCAUAACAUGAUCCACAGGGAUGUGAAAGCUGGCAACGUUCUCCUGACUGAGCCAGGACAGGUGAAGCUGGCAGAUUUCGGUUCCGCCUCCAUCGUGGCUCCGGCUAACUCCUUCGUGGGGACACCAUAUUGGAUGGCCCCUGAGGUGAUCCUGGCGAUGGAUGAGGGGCAGUACGAUGGGAAGGUGGAUGUCUGGUCUCUUGGUAUUACCUGCAUUGAACUCGCGGAGAGGAAGCCUCCUCUGUUUAACAUGAAUGCGAUGAGUGCCUUAUAUCACAUUGCACAGAACGAGUCCCCUGUGCUACAGUCUAACCAUUGGUCGGAUUACUUCCGGAAUUUUGUGGCUUCCUGCUUACAGAAGAUUCCUCAGGACCGUCCCACUUCGGAGCUUCUGUUGAAGCAUGUCUUUGUGAAGAGAGAGAGGCCUCAGACCGUCAUCAUGGAUCUGAUCCAGAGAACGAAGGACGCAGUGAGGGAACUCGAUAAUCUGCAAUAUCGCAAGAUGAAGAAGAUCCUCUUCCAGGAAACACGGAACGGACCAGCGUCCGACCCGCAGGAGGAUGACGAGGAGUUGGAUGCCUGUGUAGGCCGUACUGGGACAGUAAACAGUGUGGAGAGCAGUCACUCAGUCCCCAGCAUGUCGAUCAGUGCGAGCAGCCAAAGCAGCAGUGUGAACAGCCUCGCCGAUGCCUCAGACGACAACAGCGAGAUUGCGAUGAUGCAGGAGGGAGAUCACACGGUCACCUCUAACAGUUCGGUGAUCCACCUGCGACCGGGUAACGACGAUCUCUAUGACGACCCGUACUCAGGGGAAAUGGAAGCUCAGCCCCCCGUCCCAUCGUCCUCCUCCACCUCAUCGUCUUCGGCAGCAGCUCGACGGAGAGCGCACUACCGGAACCGGGAACACUUCGCCACCAUCCGCACCGCCUCGCUGGAACUGAACAAGAAGCAGACACACAAGGAUUUGGAGUGUGCAAUGUUACUGAGGCAUCACGAGUCAACGCAGGAGCAGGAGUUCAGGCACUUGAGUAUGGUUCAGAGAACACGCACUGACCUGAUCCGCCUACAACAUCAGACUGAACUCAGUAAUCAACUGGAUUACAACAAGAGGAGAGAGCAAGAACUUCGCCACAAACACGUAGCUGAGAUUCGACAACAGCCGAAAUGUCUUAAAGUAGGUCCCGGGGAGGGGCCGCUAUCGGAGGGGGAGAGGGUCUCUCUGGAGGACAUGAGCAGGAACAGGGACCCCGGGGAGAGGGAGAUCAGUUUAGGGGACUCCCUGGGGGACGUGAGCAGGGUCUGGGAUCCUGGGGAGAGGGAGAUCAGUUUAGGGGACUCCCUGGGGGACGUGAGCAGGGUCUGGGACCCCAGGGAGAGAAAGAUCGGUUUAGGGGACUCGCUGGAGGACGUGAGUAGGGUCUGGGACCCCAGGGAGAGAGAGAUCAGUUUAGGGGGCUCUCUGGAGGAUGUGAGCAGGGUGUGGGACCCCAGGGAGAGGGAGAUCGGUUUAGGGGACUCCCUGGAGGACGUGAGCAGGGUCUGGGAUCCUGGGGAGAGGGAGAUCAGUUUAGGGGGCUCUCUGGAGGAUGUGAGCAGGGUCUGGGACCCCAGGGAGAGGGAGAUCAGUUUAGGGGGCUCUCUGGAGGACGUGAGUAGGGUCUGGGACCCCGGGGAGAGGGGUAGUGGUGACGGAUCAGCAGGUGAAGUCCCAUACUUUGAGCUGCAGUCCUCCAGGGGCUCUGAUACUGGCCCAGGUCCCCAUCCCACAGCACAGCCCCCAGCAGCCUCUGCCCACUCCUUCCCUGACUCCUACGAGGACGGCCUCGAACUGCCCGAUGUGGACGACUCUCGUCUCCUGGAGGAGGAGGAGGGGCACGGGGUCUCUCCCUCAGCCUCUAGGUUGUCUGCCGCAGCCCUCCCCCAGCUGCUCGCCUCCCCCCACCUCCUGUGCGCCUUGCUGGCCCUGCUGGUAGCUUCCUGUCCCAGCUCCCUGCUGAUCUUCUUCCUCCUGGUCAUUCUGUUGGCCCUGUCCCAGCGAGGUCCCCAGAGCCGCCUGGGAUCGUUGCUGGUGGCGCUCGAGGUGGUGGUGGUGGGUCUGGCUGCCUCCUACGUGCUGCUGCACCUGGUCUUCGCGGUGUCCACCUCCUUCUUCCUGCUGCUGGUCAGGACGGUCAGCGCUCUGAGUGUCCUGGCGUUGAGCUUCCGCCUCUCGCUCUACUACGUCCCAGUCGCCCUGGGGGCCGCCUAUUUCUUCACAGCCCCCGGCCUCUUCCUGUCCCUGUACCUCCUGAUCGUGUUGGUCCUGCAGCCGGCCAGGCGCUGGGUCUCUGCCGUGCCCAGAAAAGGGCGCCGCUUCUGGGUCAGGCUGCUGCUGCGGCUGCCUAGGCCGGUCUUCCAGGUCGCCCAGCGCUGCGGCCUGGCCAACGAGAGGAGCCUGUUCUCGGUCUUCCCCAAGGCGGGCCGGGGCAUUUCUCGGAGUCGCCUACCGGUGCUGAUCCGGGGACGCCCUCCCCUCAGGAGGGCCCUGGGCUCGGCCUUGUCCAAGAUGGCCGCCCUCGCCAACCGGCGUGUGUGCGGCCUGCUCUCCGGUCUGACCCUCCGCCUCCCCUCACCGGCCCUCCGCUGCCUGAGGCAGGUGGGUCUGCUCAGACCCAGCAAACCCAGCCGCAUCCCCGUGCUGUUGCCCCGGGAACAGCGCAGAGCCAUAGCCAAGGCCAGAGCCAGGGUCAAGCCCAGGCCUGGGGUCUGCCUCAGGCCGGGCUCCAGGGGACAGGCCCGAAACUCUCAGUCUCUCCGACGUUCGGGCAUCUGGAUCCCUUAGGAAAGGAGGAGCAGGGAGAACCCGCCAGCAGCUGAGGGAGAGGGGAGGGAAUGACCGGUCCCUGGGCAAGUGUGACCAGUCCCUGGGAGGGAGUGACCGAUGUCCCCAGGAGGGAGGGGAGGGAGUGACCAAUCCCUGGGAGGGAGUGACCAAUGUCCCCAGGAAGGAGGGGAGGGAGUGACCAGUCCCUGGGCGGGAGUGACCGAUGUCCCCAGGAGGGAGGGGAGGGAGUGAACGCUCCCUGGGAGGGACUGACCAGUCCCUGAGAGGGGAGGGAAUGACCGGUCCCUGGGCAAGUGUGACCAGUCCCUGGGAGGGAGUGACCGAUGUCCCCAGGAGGGAGGGGAGGGAGUGACCAAUGUCCAGGAGGGAGAGGGGAGGGAGUGACCGGUCCCUGGGAGGGAGUGACCAAUGUCCCCAGGAAGGAGGGGAGGGAGUGACCAGUCCCUGAGAGGGGAGGGAGUGACCAGUUACUGGGAGGGAGUAACUGAUACCUGGGGAGGGAAUGACCAGUCCCUGGGAGGGAGUGACCGAUGUCCCCAGGAGGGAGAGGGGAGGGAGUGACCAGUCUCCAGGAGGGAUUGAUUGAUACCACAGGA